UUUCCAUGUAAGUUUCCCUUUGAUUUGAAUUUGUUAAACUAUACUUUGUGUCCAAGUUGUACCUUUUACCUUAUAUUUCAAGUUUGCAACUUUUCUACGCCUUUCCUUCCUAUUGUGUAUUUUCUUGGCUUUGUUCCACUUUCUCUCGUCUUAUCAGUUCUCAUCAUUGUUGUGCUCUUGUAAUAAUCCUACUAUAUGAUACAAUCGGAUUGGGAAUAAUCCACUUGGCAUCUUCUUGUGAGCCUAUCAGGAAGUUCCACUAGAGUCUGGCCUAAAAAACUACACAAAAAGCACUUAAAAAACCUUCCCGGGAAAAUCUAUUGGCCCAAUUUUCUCCCUUGCCAAACAACUUUCCAAAGCGACUAUAUUCUCAAUGGAAUCAUCCCCACGCCACAUCCUAGGGCUCCGUCCCCUAGGGAACACGGGCCUGAAGCUUAGCUGCGUCGGAUUCGGAGCCUCUCCCCUCGGCAACGUCUUUGGCCUCGUCUCCGAGCACGAUGCCAUUGCCUCCGUCCGCCAUGCCUUCAAUCGCGGCAUCAACUUCUUCGACACCUCACCCUAUUAUGGAGGUACAUUGUCAGAAAAGAUGCUUGGUAAGGCACUCAAAACCUUAGAAGCUCCGAGAGAUAAGUACAUUGUUUCAACAAAGUGUGGGCGCUAUGUUGAGGGUUUUGAUUUCAGUGCUGAAAGAGUAACUAAGAGCAUAGAUGAGAGCUUGGCAAGACUGCAGCUAGAUUAUGUUGACAUAUUGCAAUGCCAUGACAUUGAAUUUGGAUCUCUGGACCAGAUAGUGAAUGAGACAAUUCCUGCUCUACAAAAACUUAAGGAAGCAGGGAAGAUCCGUUUCAUCGGCAUUACUGGACUUCCACUGGAUGUCUUUUCAUAUGUGCUUGAUCGGGUUCCACCUGGUGCAGUUGAUGUGAUUCUGUCAUAUUGCCACUACUCUAUAAACGAUUCAACAUUGGAAGAUUUCUUGCCUUACUUGAAGAGCAAAGGUGUUGGUGUAAUCAGUGCCUCUCCUCUUGCAAUGGGGCUGCUUACAGAAAGUGGUCCUCCAGAUUGGCAUCCAGCGUCACCUGAACUUAAGGCUGCAUGCCAAGCUGCCGCAACCUAUUGCAAAGAGAAGGGCAAGAAUAUAUCAAAAUUAGCUAUGGAAUACAGCUUGUCGAAUAAGGAUAUUUCAUCAGUGCUGGUCGGCAUGAACUCUGUUAGACAGGUUGAGGCCAAUGUUGCUGCUGCUAUGGAAAUUGCAACUUUUGGGAAGGAUCGCGAAUCUCUCUCAAAGGUUGAGGCGAUCCUUGCACCUGUGAAAAAUCAGACAUGGCCUAGUGGAAUCCAGCAGAGUUGAAGCUCUUCUGCUCUCUGACAAAUUCGCAAAUGAACUUAUGUCGGGAUAGAAAUCUUACCAUUUCGCUAGAUCACUUUGGAUUGUGAAAUUUAUACAUUGCAUGUAUUGUGAUGUAUGUUGGUCUUGUAUAAACUAAGAAAUAAUUGUUUUUUUUCUUUUUGGUUUCCAAGAACCUCGGUUAUAGUGCUAACGAGGGCGUUGCCCUGCUUUAAUAUUGCUGGAUGUAUCAUGGAUUUGUCUUAGAAAGGCAAAACCCCAAUUACUGUUCCUAUUUAAAUGUCAAUAAAAAUGGGAUUUUUUUUCUGGGUCAAUGAAAA